AAAGACGGGAGCGACUAAACAACCGUUACCGUUACGCCAUUUAACGUCUCAAUCAACUUGACGUUACGUUUUUUUUUUUUAAUAUAUUAUUCUUAUCGCCCCCGGGAAGAAAACAAUGAGAAGGGACAGUCUUCGAGGGGAGCCCAGCAUCACCUCGGAGGGCACCGAUAAAAAUCAACUGAGAGAAAAAAUCGACGAUUUAUUCAAAGACCAAACCACCAAUAACCAGGGGAAGAAACAGCCGAAGAAACCCCCCACGAACCAAAAGAGAUUGUCCCUGGACGCGGGAGAUUCAAAUACAGAUGUAGAUUACAAGUAUAAGAGAGAAUCCGUAGGAGGUUCCAAGAAAGAGGCCAGACGAUCGAACAGCUCGACCAGCAAGAUCCCAGACAACGAAUCGAACGAGGGCUCCAAGCAAUCGGUCAACGAGCCGGAGAUCGAAGAGGAGGAGGACGAGAAGGACGAGGACGCCUGCAAGGAGGAAAUGGGCAGGAUACUGAAGGAGAACAACGACAAAAUCUGCGAUUACAUUUGCAAUUUGCGCACGCAAAGGGACGACUUGGUGUACAUCAUCGAGAAGCAAUACGAGGAGCGAAAGAGGCUCGAGACCGAAAUGGAGAGAAUCACCUACAAAUUGUGCUUGAUCAACAAGAGCAUGGCGCAGAGGAUCAAAGCGAAGUGUUUGUACGAUCAGACGAUCGACGAAGUGGAGGAGCAGUAUUCGAAGUUGGUGAAGGAUUCCGGAACGAUUUUGGCGUUGGUGCAAAACCGCUUCCAGAAGUUGGACGGGAUGAUUAAUAAAACGACCAGUACGGACGAGAAAAGAAAUAGUAAUAACGACCAGCACACGGUAUGUAAUUGCUGUAAGUGCAGGGAAAAGAGAAAGAAAUCUAUGGAUUUGAAUGGUAAUCGACAACAAGCUAGGAAGGAGUGCCACCCGAAAUGCGAUUGCAUAUUCAAAUCCGCGUGUUAAUUAUCCGUUUGCGCACCCGAUCAAAUUAAAGUUGUUA